AUGCAUUUCAUUGAGGUGGACAUUAACUUGAUCCACCGCGUCUUUUCUCUUCUCUCGGUCAGGGAAAUCACUGCUCUCCGCCAGCUGUCCAAGACAUGCCGCCUUCUCUAUAACGCCACCCAUGCAAAGAUUGUGUGGAUUAACCAAAUGGAACUCUUGGAGACACAGAAUGCGGUCCUUCCUGCACAUGUCCUGAACUACCGCGUUCUCGACGCUUCGGUUCUUGAACCUUUGGUAAUCCGACUGACCUCCAUCGUAGACAAAUGGCAACGGCGAGACUUAACCCCCACCCUGUAUUCUUGGAUAACACUCUCCUACUCGAUAACAUGGCUUAAUGUUGUCGACGGCAGAUGGGUUUUUGUCGCAUUAUCCGAUCCUGAAGUCAGCAAAAUCGCUUGCUGGGAUUUAUGGUGGCUUGAAGCUGGCUACGAUGCUCCAGUCGCUGAGGCUUUCCUUUCUGGCCCUGUCCAUACGGGUCAAGUAGAGGCGCAAGCGGAGGGUAUUGUGCUCGCUCUCGGUGUGGAUGGAGUAGUUCCUAGUGUUAUUGUUACCACUCUGCAGUGGAACUGCGACAGAUAUGUUUUCUGUGAGCUCUCGAAAAUCGAUAAAUCGUCGCACGUUUUGCUCUUGGCUGGGUCGCUGGUUGGCUGUGCAGUCCUCAACGGUGCCAACACGCCCCAUCUGGUCGACUGGAAAAAGAAUGCUGUUCUCGACAUUCCUGCCCCACCAGAUGGCCUCGAUACCCCAAGUCGACGUAGUGUGCCGCACCUAAUGAACCUCUGGAAAGAAGUGCUCAUUAUCAUAAGGUCCAUCAGUAUUGAGCUCUACCACCAUUCACCUGUUGAUGGUUCGGUCGUGUUCGUCAAAGAAAUUGCGACCAGUACCAUCUGGGAGGCUGUCAGCUAUCCUACACAAACCUCAUUGCGAUUGCUGUUCGUGACUCGCUUAGGAAUCGAGAGUAUAAUCAUCGAUGAUUCAACUCUUCAACCUGAAUCAUCUCCAGUGUUAAUGUGUCUCGCUAAUGCGCCAACUUGUAAUUGUUAUGGACCAGAGCACCUUUGUGAUGUCCUGUACCACAAUGUGCCAUGGUACCGCCUUUCGCUAGGUCAAUCUGGACGGAGAUGCCUUUGGGUUUCCGUCGCUGGUGGACAGAAAGGCCGCUAUGCUGAACCAUGUCUUAUUACCGCCACACUGCCGUUCUCUUCAUCCGACUCAAAACCACUCGACAUGAUCUCGUGGAACCCAGGAGCUGCCGAUGGUCCUGCUCUUUGGGCUUUCCCCUGUAUUGCCUUCGACGAAGCAAUUGGCACUACGGUUAUAGGGAAUUGCUUCGGCGAACUUGCGUUCUAUGAUUGGGAUCAACAUUCCCUCCAAUGUUUUGGCCUGGCCCGGGAUCUGUCAUGGGCAUCACCUGCCCCGCUAGAGAAUUUGCUGCCUCAAAUCCCGGUGUCUCUUGAUACCGUUCAAGCGCCGACAGUUGACCUCUCCGCCACCGAGCUUGAAAAACGCACAUCAAGUUGGGGCAACGAUGAUCUGCACCUGUCCUCCAUGUGGACCACCGACUGGUUCCGUCGCCCGUUCCGGAUCCAAAUGUGCCUUUGGCAAGGAUCGCCCUCUGACUAUGCCUGGACACUCCGGCGCGCCUUUGGCUUCCCCGGUCAAGUUAUUCCGCAAGCAUGUUUGGAACAGGAUUUAGGCUCUACUCCGCUGGCAACCCUGAUAUUCCGCAUCGGAAGGCGCUUGUUCAGUUUCAGUAAGGGAGACGAAGCGCAAUUUAAAUCCCUCCCCCUCAACGAUACUUCGGGAACAAAUCGCUUUGAUCUAGGUCUUGCUACGGUACAGAAUACAACAUGCAGGACUGCUAUCACCGAACAAACGGUCUACGAUACUCAGCUGUUUAAUGAGAUUAAAAGUAAGGAAACUCCUCGUAAUCGUUGGUUGGAGCUGAAGCAGCGAGGCGGGAGUGUAAAUUGGGAUAACCUUCUUUGCUACGCGAAUCAUUUAGGUUUAUACUUUGACUGA